AUGGCGUUCUUGCGCGGGGUGCUUAGUGGAGUGAGGGAUGAUGAUAACGUUACAACUUAUGAUAAUGAUACACUUAAAAUUACUUCAGUUAUUAACACUCUUAACACUAGUGUAGGUAAAGGCCGUCAGGCCUUCGGUGUCGCCGUGCAUAAGGUGGAGGGGAGGACUCAAGAUGUACUCGGCGAAUUAGGUAAGUUAACAACCUUAAUAAGUGCACAGAUACAGUACCUGAAGCCGGAGUCUAUUAGCAGUCUAUCCACAAUACAGACCAUUUUCGGCCAGGACGUUGGAGAGGUGAUGAGCCGUAUGAAAACGCUGAAGGAAACUGAAGAAGGCUUCAAAGGGCUCGAUGAUUCAUUAAAAGAGAAAUUGAACGUCCCAUUAGGAAAAAUAGAAACGGCGGUGGAGUUGUUGAAAAAAUCGUCCGAUAAUCUUGAUUUGACUGGUCAGGUUAGGGAUGUAGAUUUUCAGAUAAAGAGCAAAAAAGAAGAAGUGUUGAAUACAAUUAAGGAUAAAUCUGACGCACUUGAAAGGACCACGCAAGGCAAAUUAAGUGAGAUGGAACGUCGUGUAAGUGCUAUUGGAGAUUUGCGUGAGGAGAAGUUGGAGGCUUUGAAGAAAUCUGUGGAGUCAUUGGUGGCUUCAGUGGGACGAGCAGACGGAGCUGCAAAUACAUUGGUGGAUGCGUAUAGGAGUCAAAUUGUCAAUGAAUUAGGCAAAAUUAAUGGACAGGUUAAGGCGCUUAAUACUAGUGAAGUUUCUGAUGAUCUAAAUAAGGUCUACGAAAGCAUUAACAGGCAGUUGCAGGUGCUUAGUCAGCAGUUGGAGCAGCUUGGUAGUUCUGGUGAAGAAGUUACGAGAGGUGUGGAGGGCGGUAUAACCCAAAUUAAGAAUGCAUUGAGUGAGGAAAUCACUCAGCUUAAGGGGCAGGUAAGGAGUCAAAUCAGCGAAUGCUUUACGGAGUACGUAAAAUUGGUCAAGCAGUCGAUUGCAGGGAUUACAAGUGCAAUGAAUGAUGUUAAAGCGACAAGUGUCGUCCAGCAUGACUCUCCGCUAUACACUAAAGCCAACUCAGUCAAAGAAAACCUGGAUAAACUGGACGAGCAACUUAAAAUAGGCGCAGGUAAAAUUGGCAACGCAAUUCAUCAGGAUAUUCGAGACGUUGACGACGCAAAGGAAUUGUUGCCGAGUCAGGUGAAAUUAGAUUUGGACAACGUUAGAGACAAGGCUACAUGGGAAUUGCACGGGUUUAAGCAGGCUAUUAAAUUAGCACAAGCUGAGGCUUAUCAGGCUGUCUCAUCGGCAAUUGAUAAAAUAAAAACUUCCGACUUCGACAAUGUAUUCCGAAAAUUAAAUGAGCAAAUAAAAUCGCGGUCAAACGCUGACCCCAAUUCCCUCCAAGCCAAAAUAGGCAAGAUAGAAAAGGACCUUGCACCGUACUUCACCAAUGGCGUAAAAUCGAGUGAUUCAGAAUUCCACCUCGGACAAUUCGGCGAUUAUGGAAAGAAAAGAUCGGAAGCACAACAACACAUCGAACAAGUGCUUAAGCAAAUCAUAACGCUGGAAGGAGUGCAAUCUGAAAUUACAAAGCUCGACCAAAAGCUCGGAGCGGCGCUUAAAGGCUCUUCUGCGGAUCUCAGUGAGGUCGUUGCUCUUGACGACAGCGUUGAUGCUAGGGUUGAAAAGGUCACCAGCGUCGAUUUCAACACUCCACUCAAACCUCUACUCAACGAUGCAGCCAAUAAGGGCAUUAGCAUGUUAAAUAAUAGAGUGACUGAGAUUCAUACCCAACUCAGCGGUAUCGAACCUGAGAUUAGGCCGCAAAUUGACAAAUUGCAGAAGAAUUCUGUCCCCAACUUGUCAGGCGAUAUUCAAAAGCAAAUUGCGGAGCUUCAAGAGAAGAUUACAAGACUCCAACUGCUCGUCACCUCUACAAAAGGAAGUGCUGACGGCGAAAUAAGGACACAAGUUAUAGGAUUGAGAGAUCAAGUUGCAGGACUAAAGGAUAGCAUCGGAAAUAUUAAUACAAAUAUACAAGCCUUCAAUAAGUCCCUUCAAUCGGCAAUCGAAGAAGCAAAAUCAACUGUCCAAAAAGCCAAAGCAGCGUUGACGGAACAAAUCAACCAAGUAAAACAACAACUGACCGAAACCGCUACAAAAGCCUUUGACAAAGUGACUGAAGAAGUGAAGAAAAUGUUCACCAUGCAGCACGAAGAGGAAUUAAAGGCGUUGAAAAAAUUAGUGGACAAACAAUUUCCCAUCAUAAAUGAGCUUAUAGAAGCUGAUAAAACCAACGGCAUCAAGGGUCUGUUAAACAAAAUGAAAGGGGAACAGUCUGCUGCACGUACACUGCUCGAUGAAAUCAAAGAUCUCGUACCAACUCCACUUCCGAAAGCCGCGCAAACUAAUGAAAAGUUUUCUGAACUCUCGCAGAAAUUCCAAGAAUACUCCACAUCAAUCUUCGACUACAUCACCACGCAAGUCAGACCUAAAUCACAUAAGGCCUCCGACACUGAGGUGAAAAAUGUGGAGAAAAUCAAAGAAGCAUUAAACACUCUACUUAAAUAUCUUAUAGACAGCACUAGUAGAAAAUUAUAUUUUGACCACACUUCUCAAACUCAUUUAGAUACACUCAACACGCUGGUCACCGGCCUGGCGCCAACUCUAUUCGCCGGCUACAGCCACCCGGAACUACUGGACGCUUUGAAAGGCGGAUUGAAGGAGAUGACUGAGCAACUGGAGAAGGCGUACGUGUCGAAAUAUUCGGGCGCAGAGCAAAUUACAUGGGAGGAAUCAAAGGGCAAGACGGGUGAGCCUAAAUUAAGUGCCGACGCCAUGAGAUGCGGUAAGGCGUGUCUCACACUUUUGAAAAUCGUUUAUGAUGAUCUUACCAGGUUGAAGUAUGAAUGCGAACGUGACUGGAAAGACCAAAGAUUGUGCGAAACGAAUGGCCAUGGAAACAAUCCACUUGGUUUGUUCCUACAGCGAUGUGGCUACAAGAUCGCCGAAAAGCACACUUCUAAGGACGGUGAAUCUCAAUGCAAAACGAGUGUAACUGGUGGAAAGAUUCUCGAUGAACUUCUUAAAGUAGAGAUUCCGAAAGCCGCAACCAAUAAGCAUUUUGAAACGUGUACGGCAAAAAGCCUAACGACAAUUAACGUCCCAGUCGUUCUUGGUUGCCUUUACACUCACCUCACAGAAUACAAUAGAGUGUGUCACAUAACUAUUCACCCUAGACCUAAAUCUCCGUAUAGUGUCAAUGAUAUGCUUUCUUGGCUUUGUGGCGUCAGAUUUAACCGUGUAUAUGGCAGCCUGCUUGAUGCCAUUAAAAGCAAAUUUGAUAAGCCGGAAUACUACAAGAAUAAGAAGCACUCUGAGAUUCCCCUAACCCGAUUAUCAAUGGAUGCCGAUCCAUACAACGUAGCAUAUACAGAUUUAUUUAAUGUCGUACAACACAUUACAUCCAUAUCCCAUGACCUGCUCACCACUAUCCUAGGCCACGGCGAUGAACACACUACUUACGCUUUCGACUUUUUUACUAAUUCACUGAAGCUAAGAUAUCCUGCUUCAGGUGAUGACUGCCUCGACAUGUUGCUCGACAUUCUUCGUAGAAUGUUCCCUCCAUUGAAAUUUUUGCAGAGCCAAUGUAAGCUGAGUCCUAAGCACAGUGGUUGGGAACAAUGUCUCUACGGCAAAGGUGUACCGUCACCCAAUUGGCAAUGCGAAAAGCAUAUAACGCCCGAACCUGAGUGCCAACCUACAUCGCCAUUAAUGUCCUACUUCACUGACACUCUUCCCGGUCACUUGCCUCAUCAGCUGGGUUCAGUGGGCUGCAAAGCCAAAUGUACGUCGUGCUCCACCGGUUCAAGUAAGAUGCCAUGUUUAACGCCACUCGGCUUCAGGGCUUUCUCAGGAACCAAACGCACAGGCAAGGAGCUAUGCAACGUGCUAAGCAAAAUGCUAGGCAAAAAUGGCAUUUUCCGCGAACUUUAUUCAUAUCUUUCAUGCCUUGUUGGUGGCACGCCUAAAACGUUUGCUGACGUGUUUUCGUUUUAUUAUCAACUUACAAAUAAGUGGAAGACAAUGUCGUCGAUUGGCCAACCAUCAGAUCCUAUGCAAAAUGCCAUUUGUAAAGAAAUACAAAAUACUGUGUCCUGUGAAUAUACUGAUGCCGUGGCACUUCUCGAUCCGUGUUGCAAUCUGUAUAAGCGCUCGUCUCAUGAUCAACAUGAUCCUGAUGACAACGAGCGUGAUCUCAAAUACCUACUUGGUUGUAAUGACCAAAAUUGCGGCAGUUUCAUACAACCACUCAACUCUACUGCUUACACCACGUUAUCACCAAAACACGCAGGUAAAUAUCUUAUAUGGUUGGUCCACGUUUGUCCACAAAUUCAGACAUUUCUCGAGCAAAUUAAGAAAGCAUUCUGUGGCAUAUCAUGUUAUGACUCGGGUUGCGGAGGAUGCCUUAACAGUAAUGACUGCCGAGUGGGUAAGCACGGCAGCAAUCCCUGUGGUUGCGGCUCAAUUACAAAGUGUCGAGGCGUUUUGCCUCUUCUUUAUGAGUACGGGUUCACGUAUAGUGAAGAUGCCUACAGGCGCACGAAGAAGUGUAACAAUUUCUGUAAAGCCCUUGAUGAUAUAUUAAAUUCCAAAUUACUGGGAGACUUCCUCACCGCAAUCGAUGAUUUCUUCUUAGCAGUAAGAAAGAAAUUCAUAUGGACUCUCGUAGCCCUCUGGUCGCUGUCGCUCCUGUACCUCCUGCACAUCGCCGUCGUCCGCCUCGACGUCCUGAGGAUACGCUCCCACCUGCGCUCGCCCUCAAGCCACCGCAUCGCCGCGCAGUCGCUCCUCGCCGCCGCACGCGUCAAGGCACUCGCCAACGUCAAGUACUUCUCACCAUAA